GCUCCGUUGGUUCGAUCCGCCGGCGGCGACGCCACGCCGGUCAGGUUUCCCGGUGGUUGGGCGGCGGCCAAGCUUGGAGAUGGGAGUUGGAGCCUGCCUGGCGAUGGGAGUCGGACGGCGAGCUGCGGCGACAGGCGCGCGGCGGCGGUGGAUCUGUCGCGGCGGCGGCCGGGAUCCUGAUUGCGUCGCCGCUGCGGUUGUUCGGUUCCGGCGUCGUCUUCGCUCCGACCGAGUCCGGCAGCCGUCCGCGGAGGUCUCCCGGCGGUGGUCCACGCCCCUCGGCCGGAGAUUUUGGCUUCGGCCAAGACCGACGCCGCUGCUGUUCAAAGAUGCACCGGUGAAGACGACGCGAUGCCACUCAUCACUACAUCAGGCAUCAAUUUCUCACUGUUGGAGACGACGUUAGUGGCUCUGGCUCACUGCUCUUGCAGCAUCGGAUGCUCUCGCUGUUCAUCUGAAACAAUGUCGGGCAUCAAUUAUUGCUCUCCAUCAACCAUGUCAGGUAACAAUGCAAUGCAACCAAUGGCUGGGUCACUUAUUACUCUCCAUCAAUCAGCAGCUGCUCCAUAGCACCACCACCUCCUACCGGCAGUUGAACCCCUCCCCAUUUUGCUCCACCUACCAGAUCUAGCUACCAUUGACACUGCAACUUCUGAAGCAGCGAGGGUAGAGAGGCAUGGAGCCGACGGCGGUCAGCGUGGGCAAGGCCGCGCUGGGUGGCGCGCUGGGCUAUGCCACAUCCAAGGCGGCGGAGGAAAUCUCCCUACAGCUCGGCGUCGAGCGUGAUGUGAACUUCAUCAGGGACGAGCUGCAGAUGAUGCAGUCGUUCCUGAUGACGGCUGAUGAGGAGCAAAGCCAGAACAAGGUGCUCACAACCUGGGUGAGACAGAUCGGGGUCCUGGCCUACAAAGUGGAGGAUAGCCUCAUGGAUUUUGGCCUCCACUCAGAGAAAAAGCCAUUUUGGGGGUGCAUUCCCCGCAACCCAGGUGGUCGACGCCUCAUCGCCAAAGAGGUGAAGGAGCUGAGGGCUGCGGUGGAGGAAGUGAGCAACAGGAACCUGCGGUAUCGCCUCAUCAAGGAGAGCUCAGGUUCUAAGCCUUCCACGGCAGAGGAGCAGGCCAGCAUUACCACUGCGGCAAUGUUUGGCAUCACUGAAGCAAGGCUUGACACCCUGGAGCACGAAAACCCAUCAGAGGUGGACCUCCACCAACUGAUUACCAGCAACAAUGUGGACCUUAGGGUGAUUGCCAUGUGGGGAACCGGUGGUGAUAUUGGGAAGACAUCCGCCAUCCAGGAGGUUUAUGAUGACCCAAAGGUAUUGAAAAGGUUUGGAUUCCGUGCUUGGAUUAGGUUGAUGCAUCCCUUCAGUCCACAAGAGUUCCUCCGGAGCUUGGUCAGGCAAUUUUAUGAAAAUUCUCAUGUUGAGGUUGGAAAACCAUCUAUCAAUCCACAAGAGUUCCUUCGGAGCUUGGUAAGGCAAUUUUUUGAAAAUUCCCAUGAUGAGGUUGGAAAGCCAGAACAAGAAACAAGUGUUGGAGCCGUUCUGGCCAAGAUGGAGAAGAUGGACCAAAGUGAUUUAGUCUCUGUGUUUAAUGCGCAGCUGUGUAGCAAUAGCUACCUGGUUGUCAUAAAUGAUCUGUCCACAAUAGAAGAGUGGCAUUGCAUUACAAAGUACUUUCCUGAUAACAAGAAACAAAGUAGAAUCGUCGUUUCCACGCAGCAACCUGAAAUCGCAAGCUUGUGCACAGGGAAACCAUACCAAGUUUCCAAGUUCAAGCAGUUGUCAUGUGAUCAAACUAUUUAUUUGUUCCACAAGAAGAAUUCAGAGGAGCAGGUCAGUGUUGCAAUGUUUGACACCAAAGACGAGGAAAGGCUUGCUGCGAUGGAGAAGGAGAAACUGAAGGCUAUGCAUGCAUCACGUUCUGCUGAACCCAUUUCCGACUCAAAAAAAGUUGCUACUAACGAGAAAAACACAACAAUGCCGGCCAAUGAAAUACAGGAGGAAGACGAAGAACCUAACAACGCAGGUGAAGACAAAGCUUGCAAUUCAACUGCUAGAAAGAAGUUUGAUCGCAGCUGGACACUAGGGCUGGCUGAUGAAGUGCUAUGUGGGCGACAAACAGAGAAAUCUUUUCUUAUCAAUUUAGUUGGCCAUCCGGAAAACAAUGAAGGUUGUAAGGUGGUCUCAGUUUGGGGAAUGGGGGGUCUUGGAAAAACAACUCUUGUCCGAAGCAUCUACCGGAACCAGCAGCUUGGUGGCUGGAAGCGUGCUUGGGCCACUGUAUUGCGUCCUUUUAACCCUGAAGUACUCCUUAGAGAUCUGGCUUUGCAGCUUCAGAAUACUAUUGAAGAAGAUCCUGCUGCAGCAACAGCAACCGGAGAACAAAAGAAAAGCAUAACAGCGAUGAAUCUUCAAGAGUUGAAGCAGGAGCUAGCUCGGGUACUAAAUGUAAAAAAGUGCCUUGUUGUUCUUGAUGAUAUAUCGACCACUUUUGAAUGGGAGUUGGUCAAACAGUGUUUAGAAAAUGCUGGAAGGAUCAUAGUGACCACAAGAGAAAAAAAAGUUGCGAAACAUUGUUCAAGAGAAAACAAGAACAUGUACUGUCUUCAAGGUCUGAAAGAUGAUGCUGCACUUGACCUCUUCAUAAAGAAGGUAUUCAAGGACAAUAUUAACAAAAAUGAUUUAGCCCCAGCUAUGAUGGAGCAAGCAAGACUUACCCUGCAGAAAUGUGACGGACUUCCUCUUGCAAUAUCGACUAUUGGUGGAUUCCUGGCCACUAAGCCAAAAACUGCUAUCGAAUGGAAGAAGAUGAAUGAUAAUAUUAGCACUGAAUUGAUGAUAAAUCCUGAACUUAGGACAAUAAAGACAAUUCUUAUGAGGAGCUAUGAUGGUUUGCCAUACCAUCUCAAGUCUGCUUUCUUAUACCUGUCCAUAUUUCCAGAAGAUCAUAGAAUUAGGUGGGGUCGCUUGGUGAGGCGGUGGAUUGCAGAGGGUUACUCAAGGGAUAUGCAUGGUAUGACUGCAGAUGAACUUUGUCGGAGGUACUUUGAUGAGCUCUUGGAUAGGAGUAUGAUCCUGCCAGGUGAAGGAAUAGACCAUUGCAGUCAGAAAAUCAAUUCUUGUCAACUUCAUGAUAUGAUCCGUGAAAUAUGCAUCUCAAAGGCUAGGGAGGAAAACUUUGUUUUGACGCUGGAGGAAGGAUGUUGUUUGAGCAACACUCAAGGUGCAAUACGUCAUCUUGUCAUAGGCAGCAACUGGAAAAGGGAUAAAGAUGUGUUGAAGAGCAUGCUAGAUUUGUCACACGUGCGGUCUUUGACCGUGUUUGGAGAGUGGAGAUCAUUUUUCAUCUCCGAGAAUAUGAGGUUCCUCCGAGUGCUUGACUUGGAAGGCACACUGGGGUUAAGAGAUCAUCAUCUUGAUCAGAUCGGGCAUGUCCGUCAGCUCAAGUACCUUUCUCUACGAGAAUGUCGUAUCAUUGAAUACCUGCCUAAUUCUUUGCGGAAUUUGAGGCACCUUGAAACACUUGAUAUUAGAGGCACAUAUAUACGUGAGUUGCCAACAGCAAUCACCAAUCUUCAGAAGCUACAACACCUUCGUGCAGGUGGCCUUUUCUUGAGAGCACAAGUUUUAGAAACUUGUUUGAGCAGUGAUUUAUUCAAUCUAUACCGCUUCUCUAAGGCGCGUUCAGAAAAUGCUGUCCUUCCUAGAGGGAUUGGUAAACUGAAGGCCCUUCACACACUAGGUAUUGUUGAUAUUUCUGGGAGAAACAGAAUUUCCACUAUAAAAGAGUUUGGAGAUCUUAGUCAGCUGCGCAAGCUUAAAGUGGCUGGUCUGAGGUACAGAGACAGCAAUGACUUCUGGUCUGCCAUUGCUGUCCACGAUGAACUUCAAUCUUUGUCAGUUGAAGUAGAGGUUAAGUACGAAAUGGGGUAUCAGUUGGAUGGUUGUUUGGGUGAGGGUUUGUUGCCACCAAGCAAACUUGAGAGCCUCACCCUGGAUGGUCAGCUAAUCAAUGUAACAGAAUGGAUCCAUAAGCUUCAGAAUCUCUCCAAGCUGGUGCUGUGGUAUAGCCGAUUGGAGCAAGAUGAUGCCAUACAAGCCCUUGGGUUCCUACCAAAUCUUACAGUUCUACGCCUGAAUAAAGAUUCGUUCAUUGGGAAACAGCUCCGUUUCCAGAGGUCAUCUUUCCCGAGUCUCGUGGUGCUGGAGCUCUCUGCACAAUACCACUGUUCUGUGUUGUUUGAAGAAGACACGAUGCCUAAGCUCGAGCUGCUACAAGUUGUCGGAUGCUACGGCUUGGGAUUCUCCGGGCUACCAGCCCUCUCAAGUCUCAAAGAAAUUCGGUUGGGUAGUCAUGUCCAUGAAGAUUUGAAGGAAGAGCUGCAGAGGCAGGUAGCGGAGCUUAUGAAGCACGUCAGAGUGAAUCUUACUGACUAAACUUUCUAUAUGUGUGUAUAUCUCAGAACGUGUUUAUGUUUGCAGAACUACUAAUUGAUGUACUAUUUGUUAAUAAAAGAACAGACCUGGUUAUCCUUU